AUGAACUACCCACUAACCCUGGACAUGGAUCUCAUCACCUAUAACCUGGACGACCUGUACAAGGAAUUUGCCAUCUACAAUAACAGCACUGAGAUCCCCCUACAGGAAAGUCGCUUCUGCUCCACAGUGGAGGGACCCCUGCUGACCUCCUUCAAGGCCAUCUUCAUGCCUGUGGCCUACAGCCUCAUCUUCCUCCUGGGGAUGAUGGGAAACAUCCUCGUGCUUGUAAUCCUGGAGCGGCACCGGCAUACUCGAAGUUCAACAGAGACCUUCCUGUUCCACCUGGCGCUGGCCGACCUUCUCCUGGUCUUUAUCCUGCCUUUCGCAGUGGCCGAGGGCUCUGUGGGCUGGGUCCUAGGGACCUUCCUCUGCAAAAUUGUGAUCGCCCUGCACAAGAUCAAUUUCUACUGCAGCAGCCUGCUGUUGGCCUGCAUAGCUGUAGACCGUUACCUGGCCAUUGUCCAUGCUGUCCAUGCCUACCGCCGCCGCCGCCUCCUCUCCAUCCACAUCACCUGCGCAACCAUUUGGUUGGCUGGCUUCCUGUUUGCCUUGCCAGAAGUCCUCUUUGCCAAGGUUGGCCAACCUCAUAACAAUGACUCCCUGCCACAGUGCAGCUUCUCUCAAGAGAACGAAGCUGAAACCAGAGCCUGGUUCACCUCCCGUUUCCUCUACCAUAUUGGGGGCUUCCUGCUACCAAUGCUGGUGAUGAGCUGGUGUUAUGUGGGAGUGGUACACAGGCUAUGCCAGGCCCAGAGGCGCCCUCAGCGACAGAAAGCAGUCAGGGUGGCCAUCUUAGUGACAAGUAUUUUCUUUCUUUGCUGGUCACCCUACCACGUUGUCAUUUUCCUAGACACACUGGAAAGGCUGAAGGCUGUGGACAGUAGCUGCGAGCUGAACGGCUUUCUCUCUGUGGCCAUCACCGUGUGUGAGUUCCUAGGCCUGGCCCACUGCUGUCUCAAUCCCAUGCUCUAUACCUUCGCUGGCGUGAAGUUCCGCAGUGACCUGUCUCGGCUUCUGACGAAGCUGGGCUGUGCUGGCCCAGCCUCCCUUUGCCAGCUUUUCCCCAGCUGGCGCAAGAGCAGUCUUUCUGAGUCAGAGAAUGCCACCUCUCUUACCACCUUCUAGAUCCCAGAACCUCCACACACUGCUUUCUGUUUCUGUUUUCCUUGGGAGCCUGGAGUGAAAGGGCUAGAAGCCAUUUCAACAAAAACUGGGGUUCUGAGAGCUUAUUUGGGCCAGUGUCCCUAUACGGGGCAGCCAGAUGAACUCUUUCUAGAAUAUCCCUAAACUUUUCUGCCAGCCCUCAGGCUAAACUAGAGCCCAGGGAGGGGAAAGCAGCCCAAAGACAAAGCAAGAGAUAUCUAGAGGGCCUGCAUCACCUCGGGCUAAGAGGAUUGCACACACUUCCUAUCCUAACCAGCCAAAGCUCAGAAGCGCUUUACUUCUCCCCUGGCCUUAGGGAGAACCACGCUACUGGUGGUUUCAGCUUUAUUUUCCUCUGGUUAUGGACCCCAGAAUCUCCUCCCAGAAUUCACUCUGUCAUCUUAAAGGCUGCUGACCACCACAGCUCCCCAGCAUUCCUAUACCACCGAGGAACAGCCAGCUGGCAGCAGAGUAUGGCCUUAACAUGCUCGUCCCCUAAAUACAAACUUUGUGCCAGACCUUCAACACUGCUGUUCUCUUAAUCAAGCAGGAAGCUGAGACUGAUCUACUUUAGGUAGCUGUCUAGCUCCAACCAAACCAGCAUUGGGACGGCCCCAUGUUACUGGAUCUUGGACUACAGACCAAGAACAGGCUCCAGGAGGCCCUGGAGGCUAGCCAGUGUCCUAAGAAGAGUGGACGGUAAGCCAGCAGGAACGCAGCCCAGUGGAGAAAUGGAAAGACACUCUCUCUCCAGGCCCCAAAGUGGGGCAAGUAAAAUUCAAACCCAGCGGUCUUCUCUGCCCAGGGACCAAAGCUUCCAGACUGUCAGAGAGAUAAGAUCCAGGGCCCGGUUGGAGAGAUGGCUCGGAAGUUAGGAGCACUC